AUGUAUGAUAUUCAAAAUCAUUUAUUGGAGUUUAUGAAAAUUAAAACAACUAUAAUUAUAGAUUAUCAACUUUUAUGUAUGUAUAGAAUUCUUGUAUUGCAUCAUAGAAAAAUCAUAGAAGAUGGUUCUCAUUCAACAGUUUAUCUCUUGGUUGGAUGUAUAAAGCAUUAUGGGAAGAGCAAAUAAAUGGUCUUUAAUUAAAAUAAGAAAGGAUUGCGUAAUGCAAAAAUUAGACUCUUGUUUUCGUGUGGCUAUGAUUAUGAAUAGAAAUGGUAGAUAGACAAUAAAAAGAAAAUAGAUGCGUAUUGA